AUCCACCAUCCUGCAGGAGAGCAAGUCCCUGCUGAAGAGCCAGACCGUGUCGGACCAGGCAGUGGCAGAAGCCCUGUGUGCCAUCAUGCUCCUGGAGGACAGCUCUCCACGCCAGGCCCUCGCCGACUUCCUUCUGGCCCGGAAGCUGGCCGUUCAGCAGCUUCUCAACCAGCCACACCAUGGUGCAGGUAUAAAAGCUCAGGUGUGCUCACUGAUGGAGCUGCUAACCACUACCCUGUACCAGGCUCAUGCUCUCUUCUACACCAUGCCAGAAGGGAUGCCACCAGAUCCAGCCCUGCCCUGCAGCUUGCUCUUCUCGACCCUGGAGAGCACCACAGGCCAGCCCCCAGCAGGGAGAGGUGGGGUUCUGGAGGAGGAGGUGAAGCUGAGCAGCUGGUUCAGGUACCUCCCAGAGUCUGUGGUGGAGUUCCAGCCAGCCCUGCGGACCCUGGCACACCCUAUCAGCCAGGACUACCUCAGAGACACGCUGCAGAAGUGGAUCACCAUGUGCAGCGAUGACAUCAGGGCCGGGGUCAGCAACCUGCUCGUCUAUGUGAAAAGCAUGAAAGGCCUCGCGGGGAUUCGUGACGCGGUGUGGGAGCUGCUCACGAGCGAGUCCAUAAGCCAGAACUGGGAGGCAGUGUGCCGUCGCCUUUUGGACAAGCCUGCUUCCUUCUGGGAGGACCUGCUGCAGCAGCUGUUCCUGGACAGGCUGGAGACACUGACCAAAGAAGGGUUUGACUCCAUCUCAAGCAGCUCCAAACAGCUUCUCACCUUAGCUCUGCAGGAACUUGAAGUCAAAUCCAGCACCUCUGCCCUGAGCAAGCACGUCCAGUUUGAACACAACGUGGCCCUGUUCCUGUGGUCAGAGAGCUCCAGUGACCUGCCUUCCGACGCCGCUUGGGUGAACGUGGCCAACCGUGGCCAGUUCGCCAAGAGCGGCCUGUCCAUGAAGGCCCAGGCACUCACGCCAUGCGUGCAGAGUUUCUGCUCGGCUCUGGACUCAAAGCUGAAGGCCAGGUUGGACGAUCUCCUGUCCUACCUUCCCACGGACUCCUCAGCCGCCAAGGAGGCCAUUCUCGCAGUUCAGCCGCGCUCUGCCUUUGACCGCUACGCUGACGCCAGCACGGUGGAGGGGCUGCUCCGCGAUCGCUGCGUUGCCUGCAUCCACCACGUGCUGGGCUGUGUGCGCGAAGAGCUCCAGAGCGCCCAGAGCCUGCUGGGGGGGCAGGCAGAUGCUCCCAGCGAUGCCAGACUCAAUGCUGUCCUCUUCAUGGCGAGACUCUGCCAGUCCCUGACCGAGCUCUGCCCUCACCUGAAGCAGUGUAUCCUGGGCCAGUCGGGCAGCACGGAGACGGCACUGAAGGAAACCCGUUCUGCCAAGAAACUGGGGAAGGGGAAAGCCCAGGAAGUGACCCCCGUGCAGGCCAAGUGGCAGGGGGUGAAGGCAGAGCUCUUGCAGCAGAGCCUGUUUGCUUACCAGAUCUGGAGCUCAGCUGUGACCAAAGGUCUGGUUCAGUGCUUUACCCGCACGCUGCUGCUAGACACAGCUGGCUCUGUCUUGGCCACAGCCACCAACUGGGAUGAAAUCGAAAUUCAGGAGGAAACAGAGUCUGGAAACAGUGUAACGUCCAAGAUCCGGCUGCCUGUGCAGCCGUCCUGGUAUGUCCAAUGCCUCCUCUUCAGCCUGUGCCAAGAGGUGAACCGGGUCGGCGGUCACACUCUUCCGAAAGUCACCUUGCAGGAGUUGCUGAGGACCUGCAUGGCAGAAGUGCUUGCUGCCUAUGAAAAGCUCAUGGAAGAGAAGCAGGAGAAGAAAGCAGGCACGUUCCCCAUGACCCAGAACAGAGCUCUGCAGUUACUCUACGAUCUGCGAUACCUGAGUAUCAUCUUGACGGCGAAGAGCGAGGAAGCAAAGACCAGCAGGAUCAAGCCUGACUCUGGGGUUGAGAAGGUGACCGACUUCCUGGAGGGACACAUAGAUCCGUUUGACUUGGACGUUUUUACUCCACACUUGAACAGCAACCUCAAUCGCCUGGUUCAGCGAACUUCCGUUCUCUUUGGCUUGCUGACUGGGAGUGAGAACCAGUACACAAGCAGGAGCGGCACUCUGAGCUCCCAGGAGCUCCACAACAUCUUGCCGUUAGCAUCCAGCCAGAUCAGGUUUGGACUUCUGCCGCUGAGUAUGUCGAGCUCGCGAAAGAGCAAGUCUGCUUCCAGGAGCACAGAAGGAGUUCAGGUUCCAGCUCCUGCACUCACAAGAGCAGAAGAUGAGGCAUCACGCCCUGGCUCGUUGUUCAGGCAGCUUGUGACCGAGGAGGAAGACACAACUGCACCUUCUCUCUUCAAGCUGGGAUGGCUUUCUGGCAUGACCAAGUGAUGCAAUAAAACAUAAAGAGCUUGUCUGUG